UGAAGGAGCUUGAGUGUGUUGGUCCGUCACACAUGGAGAUGGAGGGUUCAGCAGCUUGUUCAGUGUCACCAAAGAUUCUUCCAUGUCAAAUAAAUGAAGGCAGGAACAGUGGAAGUCCCAUCAAAAGGACGGAUUCACCCUCCAAAAAGAAAGAAAAGAGGAGCCAGCACCUAGGAGCUGAUGGGAUUUAUCUGGACGACAUUACAGACCUGGAGCCUGAAGUUGCUGCUCUUUAUUUCCCUAAAAGUGAUGGAAGCAGUAGCUCAGUGAAGGGGGACUCAGAGAUGAUGAUGGUGGGCGUGAGGAGCACCAACCAGUCCCCGCUGUCAGUGGGCAGCAGUGGGAUGGACAGCGGCGUCGACAGUUUGUUGGACCAGAUAAGUGACCUGCCUCAUGUCGCUAUCUCUUUGUGUGGAGGACUCACUGACAACAAGGAGAUCACAAGAGAGGAGUUCGUGGAGAGAGCCAUUUCCUACCAACAGUUCUCUGAGAACCCCUCUAUUAUCGAUGACCCCAACCUGGUGGUUAAAAUUGGAAACAAGUACUACAACUGGAGCACAGCAGCUCCUGUCAUGUUGGCCAUGCAGGUCUACCAGAAACCCCUGCCACAGGCAUCAAUGGAGCACAUAGUGAAGGAAAAGAUGCCAAAAAAGGGAGGAGGCUGGUGGUUCUCAUGGAGGAGCAGGAACAGUGACUCCAAGUCGGAAACGUCUGAAGCAGCAGGAGACAGAGAGGAGAGCUCAGUCGCUAUGACGCAACCAAACAGGCUAAAGGAUGAAUCUUCCUCGAGUGAUGAAGACCACAGAUCGUCCAAUCAGGUGUCAGGAUCCAGCCAGUCAGAGGCGUUUUUGAGCUCCAGCAGCAUCUGUUAUAAGAAGACUCUCCGGCUCACUUCAGACCAGCUGGCUAGCCUACAGCUAAAGGAGGGUCCUAACGAGGUGGUGUUUAGUGUGACCACCCAGUAUCAAGGCACCUGUCGUUGCCAUGGCACAAUCUAUCUAUGGAGCUGGGAUGAUAAGAUAGUCAUCUCAGAUAUUGAUGGAACCAUCACCAGGUCAGACACUCUUGGUCACAUCCUUCCUACUUUGGGUAAAGACUGGACACAUCAGGGAAUCGCACGACUUUACAACAAAGUCAGCAUGAAUGGAUAUAAAUUCAUGUACUGCUCAGCGCGGGCCAUUGGUAUGGCUGGUAUGACAAGAGGCUACCUGACCUGGGUCAAUGAGAGGGGAACCAUGCUGCCAAUGGGCCCGGUGCUGCUCAGCCCCAGCAGUCUUUUCUCUGCCUUUCACAGGGAGGUGAUUGAAAAGAAACCGGAGAAGUUUAAAAUUGAGUGUCUCACAGACAUCAAGCAUCUUUUCUACCCAAACACAGAACCUUUUUAUGCAGCCUUUGGCAACAGAGCUACGGAUGUGUAUUCUUAUAAGGAGGUGGGCAUUCCUCUGAACAAGAUUUUCACAGUCAAUCCAAAGGGGGAGCUGACACAGGAGCAUGCAAAAACCAACAUUCCCUCCUUUGCGCGCCUUUGUGAGAUGGUCGACCACGUCUUCCCCGAUUUGAUUCAGAAUAAGGAAGAUGACAUUCCUCGUUCUGAUUCUGGUUCUUUUGAUGAGUGCAACUACUGGAGCAAAACGUUUCCUGGUAGUAUGUGUCAGGAAGAAGACCUGCAUCCUCUUGAAACAAGUUUAGGAGACUCCAUCAUAUCUAACAUGGAUGUUGCUGCAGUCCAGCUUCUGUCCACAUCGCAGGCAGACGUGAAGCCCGAGGUCGCCUAACUCACCGUGCAACCGGCAGCUCAGUUCAGGAGGGAUUAUUUCAAAGGCAAGAACUGUCAUGGGAACUGCCUUUAAGCUUUUAUUUAAUAUAGCACAUGAAGGUAGCUUCAAAACUUUCCUGAAAACCACUAACUAUGGCUACCGAUACAGAGGAAAUGAAUGUAUUUUCAGCAUCAUCCCAUAAACGAAACUAGAGCACAGAUUCACAAACACUUAAAGACUGCACUGCAACAAAAUAUUCUUUGUCGUGAAACAUUAAUAUACAUCUAGAUAAAUAUAACAGUGCAGUAUUCCUUUUUAUGAGCUUCUUUGGGAUUUAAUUUUUUUUACCUGUCCCCUGGAAUACCAAUCACACGGAUACAGUCUCAGAGUCUUGGUGUUCAGAUUGUAAUCUUUUCUGACCUCAAGUUCACUGAACACUGCAGCAGAACAUCUGGAUUACACACAUUAAAACCAUCCAGCUGAUGCAAAAACGUACAGGAAUUCAAACCAGACAUCGUCAGUGUCCAAGUCCUCUGCAGAUUCAGGUAAAUACAUGAAGUAUUUUGACCGUACUACUGUGAAACAUGAGGCCAUAGGCCAUUUUGUGUUCAUUAUGACUUUUUUAAAAAAGAAGGCAGAACAAUGCAAAUAUAGGCCAUCUUUGUUUUUUUCUCUAUUUUUAAAUGUGGAAAAAAAAGUGAUAUGUGAGAAUGUAAUAUAAAAUCACACAUCAUACUAACUAAUACUAAUGCAAUCAUUUCAUAAGCUAAGCUAGAGCAAAGAUCAUUUUGUAGUUUUCUAAUGUGAAAAUAGUGUCACAUGAUUUCAAAUGUUUGUCUUUAUGUAUAACAUUUACUUGUUAUUGACACAUUGGAAGCUGUUGGAAAUAUUUGUCAAAAACACAAUAUUUUCAUGUGUUAAUAUGUUUUUUUAAUCCUCUGCUCAAAUAAUAUAUUGUUUUUAUGCAUUUGCUUGUGUACUCGAAGAAUGGAAGACCACUGUAAAUAACAAAAAAAAAAAAAAUUAUACUGUGACUAUAAAGGUACAGUACUUUUUGUAAAGGAUCUUUGAUCUAGUGUAAAGUCAAAAAUAAUUUAUCGGUGGUCUUAUUAUUGUUUUUUCUAUUUGAUGUGCACCCAUUCAAAGUAUUUCUGCAAACCUGAAGAAUCAUUUCUUCCAUGUGAUGUAACUAAAGCAACAGAUCA